AUGACCACCGAAGUCCUGCGUAACCAAGUUAUGGCCAAAUGGCGCACUGCGUUUGCUCGCAUAAACCGUGGCGAGCCAGGCAUCGCCGGCAUGCUCGAGUUCAGCCAGGCUUGGGAUCUAGCCACAGGAUUUCUCUACCCCCGCGAUAUAUCAGAUUUAACCCCUCCGAAGGACUACAACAUGCAUUAUGUCAAAGCAUCCUUCGAUAUCUUGAGCAAGUCGAAGAUGCUCCCUUUGUUGCUGGAGAAUUUCCUUGAGGACAUGCGGAAACAACAGUAUCUCAUAACGCGCGAGGUCCAGCAUAUCAUGUCACAGUAUGAAGAAUCAGGUGAUACACUGCACAUCGCCCAGAUGGUCUUUCGACUCGUCGACUGGUACAAUGCCUGGUCACCUAUCCCAGAGCUCGGCGUCACUAUCCUCUCAAUAUACACCCUCACCUUCCAGACGCACGUCUUCUCCGUUCUCCCACCCUCCUUCUCUCGCGGAUUCAAGGACCUCAUUGUCUCAACUGUCGCACUCUCACAUUCUUCCAUCCCACCGUCCUGGCUCUCCAUCCUUCCACCAUCUCCGAGUGCUGUGCGGCCGGACUUCCCGCUAUGGACCGCCUUCGAACAGUUGGGUCUUCUCGACCGGUACGAGUCACUCAUCUCCAGUGUGUGCUACGAGCACAUCGAAGAGCACAUCCUUGAGACAUGUGCGGGAAAAUGGGGGGAACCGAUGUUGCAUGCGCUCCGGGAGUGGAUGGCGGAGAAGAUCGUGCCGUGGAUGCUUAUGCCGUACGCGAGGGGUGCCAGAAACACCGAUGAGGCACGAUCGAUGUUACAGGGCGUCGGUUCGCGCUUCGAUUUUCACGUCUGCAAGACUUUGAGUGACCUACGAACGAGAGAAAUCUUCGACAUCAUCAUCGAUUACCCGGACUCCCUGGCCGCGUUGCAAGACCUGAAGGAAUGUCUCCAGCGUGUGGACCAGCGUGCACACCUAGUGCAGACCUUGCGCAAAGCCAACAAGAAACGGCUCCUCCAUCCGGGUGCAGAUACGAAGGACAUCCUGAUGCAAUACGUGUCCAUCAUUCGCUGCCUGCGCAUCAUCGACCCGCCCGGCGUGCUGCUCUUUAAAGUCGCCGACCCUAUACGGCGGUAUCUGAGAGAGCGCCCUGACACGAUCCGCUGCAUCGUCGCCAGCCUGGUCGGCGAUGGCGAGAGCGGUGAUUCGCUCGUAGACGAGAACGAGCCGAUCCAACCCCUGCAGCAGAUGCAAGUAGACGACUACUCCGACCCCAACUGGGAGCCUGAGCCCAUCGACGCGGGACCAGACUUCCGGACGAACAAGCCCGGCGACGUGAUCAGCACGCUCGUGAGCAUCUACGACUCCAAGGACCUCUUCGUCAAGGAGCUGCAGGUCCUCCUCGCGCAGCGCCUGCUCGCGAUCACCGACGGGAAUUUUGAACGCGAGCGGCGUAAUAUCGAGAUCCUGAAGAUCCGCUUUGGCGAGGCAGCACUGCAAGUAUGCGAGGUGAUGCUACGAGACAUGACGGACUCGAAGCGGAUCGAUCAGCAUGUGCAGUCGCAGGAGAACGUGGUAAUGCACCCGACGAUCAUCUCGCGCCAUUUCUGGCCGCCGCUCCAGGCGGGCAAGUUCGUCAUGCCGGGGCAGUUCAAACAGCUUCAGGACGCCUACGCUCAGGAAUUCCACGCGUUCAAGCCGGACAAGAAGCUGCGCUGGCUCCCGCACCUCGGGACGGUGCACCUCGAGCUUGCGCUCGAAGACCGCACCGUCGAGGCAGACGUGCCCCCGCUCGAGGCCGCGUUCAUCGAGCUGUUUGCGGGGAAAGAAACGUGGACCCUGGACGAGCUGAUCGCCCGCGUGGGGAGCAUCGACCGCACGUCUGCGCUUAGGGCGCUCACGACGUGGGUCGACUUGGGCGUCAUCAAGGAGACCGAACACAGCACGUAUUACCUGCUCGAGGUCGCAGACGUCAGUGCUGGCAAGGCUUCAACCUCCAAGCCAGCGGUGGUCAUCGAAGACUUUCCCGCCAUUGUGACCGUCCAGCAGCAACAGGCGGAGCAGAUGAAGGUCUUCUGGAAGUUCAUUGAAGGCAUGCUGACGAACCUCGGUUCGCUUCCCCUCGCCCGAAUUCAGACCAUGCUCAAGAUCGCGCCGGGUUACGACCGGACGAUCGAGCAGCUCAGUCUGUUCAUGGAGGCUGCUAGGAGAGAAGGGCUCGUCACUGUGAAGGACGGCAUGUGGAAGCUCAGUCCUCGUACGUAG